ACGCCAGGGAGACGAGCUCCUUUUGUGCGAGUACACGACGCGAGCACAUCACCCCCUCCUCUCUCCGUCGGAGCGUCCCAGGCGACGGCGGCGUCGACGAAGGAUUCCCGGCGGGCGGCGGCUCUUGGUGGACUCGACGGCCGUUGGAGGUUUGCCGGCGGAGGUUUCAGCAGGUCCUUGAUAGACUCUGCUUUCCUCCGGACGAAUCCAAGUUGGGCAAAUGCCGACGCCGGUGAAGUCGGUGCUCCCCGUGGUGCUCCUCGGCUGCGGCGGCGUCGGCCGCUACCUCCUCCGCCACAUCGUGUCCUGCCGUCCCCUCCACGCCAACCAAGGCGUGGCCAUCCGGGUGUUGGGUGUCGCCGAUAGCUCUUCCCUGCUCGUCGCCGACGACGUCCACUCAAGCGGCCUCGAUGACGCGCUCCUCACCCACCUCUGUGCCGCCAAGGCCGCCGGCUCUCCCCUGUCAUCCCUGCUCGGCCAAGUUUCAGGGAACUAUCAGCUGUUCAGGAACCCUGAGGCUAGGAGUAAAGUCAUUGACGCUGCUACCACGCUUGGAAGAACAACCGGUCUGGUACUAGUUGACUGUUCAGCAACCUAUGACACUGCUAGUCUGAUGAAGGAUGCCGUGGAUCAUGGAUGCUGCAUUGUAUUGGCAAACAAGAAACCUCUUACUGGUCCUUAUGAGGAUUUUCAAAAGUUGGUGUCCCACUUCCGUCAGAUAAGAUUUGAAUCUACUGUUGGAGCAGGUUUGCCUGUGAUAGCUUCUGUAACCCGUAUUAUUGCAUCUGGAGAUCCAGUUUCUCGUAUAGUUGGCAGUCUAAGUGGUACACUCGGUUAUGUGAUGAGUGAGCUGGAGGAUGGAAAGAGAUUUAGUGAAGUUGUAAAAACAGCCAAGUCUCUUGGCUUUACAGAACCAGAUCCACGUGAUGAUCUUGGUGGAAUGGAUGUGGCUAGAAAGGCGUUGAUCCUGGCUAGGCUUUUGGGGCAACAAAUCAGCAUGGACAAUAUCAAUGUUGAGAGUUUAUAUCCUAGCGAAUUAGGACCUGAUGCAGUAUCCACAGAGGACUUCCUUGAAAGUGGUCUAGUACAGCUUGACAGGAGCAUGGAAGAAAGAGUCAAAGCAGCAUCUUCUAGAGGAAAUGUUCUUCGCUAUGUCUGUGAGGUUGGAAGCAAAGGGUGCCAAGUAGGCCUUAAAGAGCUCCCAAAAGAUUCUGCGCUUGGUAGAUUGAGGGGAAGUGACAAUGUGGUGGAGAUAUACAGCCGAUGCUAUGAGAGCUCACCUCUGGUGAUCCAGGGCGCAGGAGCUGGCAACGACACCACUGCUGCAGGCGUUCUUGCUGAUAUAAUGGACCUCCAGGACCUGUUCCAGAGGACAGCAUGAUUGGUGUCCACGGCAUCUUGUUAGCACCAGAGCGUCUAAUUGUUGUGCGUAAUAGCAUCACCGAGUACGAGAGCGUCUAAUUGUUGGGGUCGUCGCAUGGACAUUUUUGUUCAUUGUAUCAGCUGCUGUGCUGUACGAAAAACUCCUGAUUGGCAAACUGAAUGAGGCGUGCGACGUUGGAACAGCACUGGCGAGCUUUUUCGAGAAAGAAAUGCUAAGGUCCCGUUCUUUUUUCC